AUGAGAAAGAAGUUCACAUUACAGUUUUCGCAUCCUACAAUUGAAUAAGCUUAUUAAAAAGAUAGGUUAUUGAAACAUUUGUGGAUGAAGAAAAUACUGGCAAUAUUAAUCCUUUUGUUUUCAAUAGUCGGUUUAAUUAGUUCGCUAUUUUACGAAAAAAAAGAAAUUAUGUAUUGGGAAAUAGGGUUUACAAGCUACAGCAUAUUUUUAGUUAUAAUAUCCCUUAAAGGAUCUCCAGAGAAAGUAAAGACUAUCUUUCAAUUUACAAAUAUAAUUAUAUUAUUCCUUUAGAUUCGCGCAAAUUAAUAUUCAAACCCUUAAAGUAUAUAUUUAAGUGGAUAAAACAUAAUGAUUUUCAAUAUGAUAAUGUUUUAUUUUUCAAGUAUUCAAGAAGCACCAAUUUAACUGUUACUCUUUCUAAUUUCAAGAUGCUUAAUAACUGGUCUUGUGAAUGAUAUUUUUAUAGGAUAAGAUUUAAUAUCAAUUGUUAUAACAUCAAUUGGUAUAUUGAUUUUUAUUUAUCAAAAUGAUAAGAUUUAAAGAGAGCAUUUCUUAUUGUAAUUCUCUGAUAAACAAUGGGGUAUGAAUAUUAAUUAAUUAAAGAAUAAACUUUAUCUACUAUUAUUUAAAGUCCUUUUGUAAUGUUUACUUUUGAUGAAGAAAGAUUGAAUUUUAAUUUAAAAAUUGCUAAUGAUAUGAAAGGAAUAUGUUGGGAUAAUGAAAAAGCACCUUCAGAAAAUUUAAGAUUCUUUUUAAGAUCAUUUAAAAUGGGAAACGAUAAUCUUGAAUAAUAUUUAGUAACAAGAAGUAGAACUUGUAGUGAUUAUACAAAGAUUUAUUAAUUUCAAUUAAGAAUUCAAAGAAAUGAAUAAAUUUAUGGAACUAAGAAAUAUGUUAUACGAUUUUCAGAUUUCUAUUUGAGAGAAUAAGUAUUUUUAAUUGUAUUUGAUUAACAUGAAUAAAAAAUUAGAACUUUAGAGAAAGUAAAAACUGCCUUGAUUUAAGGAAUUAAUUAACAUCAAAAUUUAACCAUCAAUUUCUUAGAAAAGUAAUUAUAAUUAAUAUAAAAUAUAAUUAUUUCCAAUAAUUAUAUAAGUACUAUCUAUAAAAUGAAAAUUCAUUGCAUGUAUUUUAUUGGAAAAUAUACAUAAUGUAAUAGUUUCUAAGAAAUUGAAUAAAAAAUAAUAUAAAUUAAUAUUACUGAUAUGAUUAAGGGAUUAAUUCACAUCUAUUGUAUGGCUUAUAAAUAAAUUUAAAUUGAAUUUUCUAGUACUACAUUUGAAGAUAUUUAUAUUUUUAGUAAUGAAUAACUACUGAAUAUAUUUUUAGUAAUUAUAUUUCAAACUCUUAUUCGGAUUUUUUAAAAUGGAAAAACAGUUUUUGUUCACAUAAGUGAAAUUAAUACAUAAAAAGAUUUAGAAUUAAUAAAAAUCAGUAUUUUAUUUAACAAUUCAGAAGAACUCAAAUAGAAAUUAGUUUUUAAUUCACUAUUUUAUAAGAUCUAAGUUAGACUAAGCCCAAAAGUAGAUAUUGUAUAUAAUGAUAAUGGUAAUGAUUAUUUGAUAAUAAUUAGCAUGUCAUUUUGAAAUAUAUAAAGAUUUGAAUUAAUUGAAUGCAAUUCGUAUAUUAGAGGAAGAUUUAAUAUGA